AUUGCAAUUUGAUAGGCGAGAAUUCUCGUGUUUCGAGCUGUUCCAAUCUUUCUUUUUGCCGAACAUCAGUAUGGGCGAUCAUGCUCUGGGGCUCGCAUUGGAGCCGCGAAGCGUCUGAAGGUACCGGUCCAGAGCAAGAUGUUCUUGGAAGCGCAACAAGGCAUGCGAGCAUCGCCUUGUGUUCUAAUUCCGGGGUUCUUGCGCCGGCAUGUCGAAGAAAGCAGCGCGCGAAGCAAAGAGUGUUUCUGUAACACCUUUAGGUACCAAUCAGAUCGUCCCAACGGUCUUAUCUCUGCAACACCACUCAGUGCCGUCGCAUGCGCUCUAGAGGCUUGGAACCAGAACACUAGGAGUUGGAAUGUCUUCCUUGGAGCUCCAGCUGGAAAGACGUUCGGGAAUCCGCGGAAACCAAAGAGCUGGCGCAUCUCCGCGAUACUCAAAUCAUCGCAUGGGUACGUCCUAGAGGAUUGGAGAGAAGAUACUAAGCGAUAUGUCUCUUCGAAUCAUGGCUGUAUUGGGUACCGAAUCUCCUCGGAAACCUCUGCCGCAGCGAAAUCGGACCAUCUUUGGGCACGGAAGAGCUUGAACGUUGUCUUAUAAACCUUUCCACAAGUGUCAUUGUUGCUGCCCAUCCAGAACGCCAUCCGGCUCUGCUAACCUAAUCACCGGCUGUCUUAGCAUGGCAGUGUCCAGGUCACCGUGUCCUCUCUCUGCAACCGUCUCUUUGCGAGGCCUGGCCAUGGUACUAAGCAUUGUCGCACUUCCCGCGGAGAAGGACAAAAGUAUGGUGCAACUGAGAACGCUGCCUGAGCCUGAAAUUCCUAGGCUGCAUCAGUAUUGCCAUACUUGCAUGAGGCAGUCUCAUGCAAGCCUGUCAAGGUGGAGUUGUGU